UGCCACUCCCCCGAGUGCGCCCGCUGCACGCACCACGACGGGCUCAACCAGAAGCUCUACCACAACCUGCAGGAGUACGCCAAGCGCUACUCCUGGUCCGGCAUGGGCAGGAUCCACAAGGGCAUCCGCGAGCAGGGACGCUACCUCAACAGCCGGCCCUCCAUCCAGAAACCUGAAGUCUUCUUCUUGCCCGACUUGCCCACCACGCCCUAUUUCUCCCGGGACGCUCAAAAGCACGACGUGGAGUUGCUGGAGCGUAACUUCCAGACCAUCCUGUGCGAGUUUGAGACCCUCUACAAAGCUUUCUCAAACUGCAGCCUCCCACAAGGAUGGAAAAUGAACAGCACGCCCAGCGGGGAGUGGUUCACCUUCUACCUGGUGAACCAGGGCAUGUGCGUGCCCAGGAACUGCAGGAGAUGCCCACGGACGUACCGCUUGCUCGGGAGCCUUCGCACCUGCAUUGGCAACAACGUCUUUGGGAACGCCUGCAUCUCGGUGCUGAGCCCGGGCACCGUCAUCGCCGAGCACUACGGCCCCACCAACAUC